UUGGAAAACGUCAAAGAAUUUCAGGUGAAAUUUUUUUAUUUAAACUUUAAUGGAAUUACUGUCAUUUUAUCCUUCCCCAGCAAAGGUAACCACUUCAGGCGUCUUCAAGGUAGAGUUUUAAUUGGCUCGCUUUCGUCAUCGUUUUUUUCACAUGUGAUUUUACACCCAUCUCUUUUAAAAAUGGAUUCUCCGAUUGUUUAUGUAAAAGAUCGUCGUUACACCAAGCACUUAGAUGCCCAGUGUGAAGAUUUUACCUUUGUCAUACUUGCUGACCCUCAAUUAGCUUUAAUUGAGCGCUACGGUGAAAAGCGCGAUCCACCAUAUAAGUGGGACCGUGAGCUUGCUCUUGUGAAUCGUGCAAUCACCGCAAUAAAUAAUCUAUCAAGAAAGCCAAAAUUCGUCAUUGUUUGUGGCGACUUGGUAGACGCUGAGCCAGGAAGACCUGAACGAGGAGAACAAAUAGCCGACUUGAAAUCUGCAUUUGUGGAGAUCGUUCCCGAUAUCCCCAUUUUUACACUCCCUGGUAAUCACGAUGUUGGAAGUAGCCCUUGCUCUGCUGAUAUCGAGGACUACAAAUCUCACUGGGGUGAUGACUACUAUUCAUUUUGGUGUGGAAAAGUCAAAAUCAUUGUUAUUAACUCACAGUUAUAUUUCAACUCGGAGAACUGUAAAACUGGUUCUGAAGCCCAAGAUACCUGGUUGAAUGCGGAACUUUGUAGUCAAGAAAAUCAAAAUGCUGAAAAGAUUAUAGUCUUCCAGCACAUUCCCUUAUUUAGGAUGUCUUCAGAUGAGGACGAUGAUUAUUUUGUCAUUCCAAAAGGUACUCGUGAGGAUCUCAUGAAUAGAUACUACAAGGCUGGUAUUCGGCACGUCUUUUCUGGCCAUGUUCAUUAUAAUGUGAUGGGCUCUUGGCGACCAGAGGGUUCAAAUUCGACUUCCCUCGAAAAUAUCACCACUUCAGCCGUUUGUUUUCAACUCGGUGACGACAAACCGGGUCUCCGAGUUGUCCAUGUUACUCCUACUAACCUUACUCAUAAGUACUUCUCCUUCGACGAACUUGAAACAAAUCCCCACAUCGCUGACUCUGGUUUCUAUUGGAGAAAAGGUAUCUUGCGGUUGACAUCAUUAAGGCAUCGUGUGGGAUCGGCACGAUGCCUUAGUCAUGAAAGCCAAUUCUCGAAGGUGUCUCGAUUGCCAUCUCUCAGGUCCAAGCUGGAGUCAGUUCGGGAGUUUGAUAUCCCCCUCACCACAGGAAAGUCAAUGAAACCGAAAUCAGCUCGUUUUUUACCUUCCCCUUCCACAGAGAAAUCCAUCCCCGACAGCAAUACCUUCCGCGUGUCCGCCUAUGGAAUUGGACAGUCCAUAAAUUUGGAUCAGUUGAGGUUGGCAAUGGACUAUCAGGCUUUGGGCUAUCGGUGUCUUCGUCUUUCUCCCGAAGUUGCCAAUGAAAUCCUCUUCUUCACCACGCCUUCUGACGUCCACGACCCUGUGUCCCAUCGUGAUAUCCUCGUAUUCAAAACUGGUGUUGUUGUUUUUUGGAACGUCUCAGACUCUGAAUCUGAAGAAAUCAUAAACAAACUUCGCAGCGAAUGCAACCGACCUUUGGCGCUGGAAUUGAUGGAAUUCGAGGAGCUAGUCUACUCUUUCACCAGUGGACCAACAGUACUCGAUAUUGAGGAUAUUCGAUUUCGUGCAGUUCCAGCCAAGUCUGACUCGAAGGAGUUGAAGGAGGAUUAUGAGAAGGAAGUUCAGCGUCUGGUUUUGGAGAAAAUCGCCUUCUCUGAUGCUCUGGCUGCUUCCGUGAAGUUGUCUCUACUGGAAUCCAGUUUUGACGCCGUGGCAGUUCAGAUGCAGCCAUGGAUUGAUAAGAUGCAAACAGGGCUGGGAGUUUUCUUCCCAAUGUCGGCCGUCUUUCGAAAGACAGGAGAGCUCUUCACCCUAAGGCAUUUGCUGAAUAUCAGUACGACAAUCAGUGAAACACCAGAUUUCUAUUGGGAUAGACCAGAGGUUGAGAAACUGUUCCAAAACCUCAAAACAGCCUUAAGUGUUCAAAGUAGAACUAAUAUUCUCAACUCGAAACUGAACACCUGCUGCGAACUGACAGAAAUUCUAACAAAUCACCUCGAAGCCCGACAUUCCUCCCGUCUUGAGUGGAUGAUCAUUCUACUCAUUCUGAUUGAAGUGAUCUUUGAAAUCUCACGUUGGAAUAUGGGCUCUGACGAGCAUCAAGAAAAAUCUACUUCAAAAUAA